AUGCCUGAAAAGGAAGAUUCUGGCCACGACAAGGAACCAGUAUUCCAAAAUCGAAACCCUCCACGUGCCUGGAUGACCUCAUCAGAAUUCAUCGACAUGAACGACGGCAAGCUCCUAGAGCAUUAUCUUCGCACCAAUAAUUCCACAGCUUUGCAGCAGAUCAGACCACGUUUGUCAGGUGAAGGGAAGGUGACUACUCCAAUGAUGGUUUCCGACCUUGGUUCCUCCAUCGACUUCUUGCAAGCUCCGAGGGAGAAUCCUUCGUUAUGCGGAGGUUGUGGCAGUUACCUUCCCCUGUUGUACUUCAGGCUCAACUGUGUAGGUACUUGGUGUGCGAAUUGUUUGCGGGCUUUCAUCCGCCGGGAAUCUUUGGCCCCAACUGGUCAAUUUGAGUUUGGUUUUGGGCCCGCUGCAAAAAUCUUCAUGAAAUCUGAUCUCGACGACCGGUAUCGACCUCAGCAGUCUUCGGAUUAUCAGUUACCGCCUUUGUGA